AUGCAACAACCGCAACCAGUACCUAAAUCCGAAUCAAGCUUGGAAGAUAUCAUGAAGCAGCUCGUUGCUAACAAUCUCCAGUUUCAGCAAAGGACCGACACUGCCAUACAAAAUUUGGAGAUACAGAUUGGACAGCUGGCAACCAACAUCAGUGAGCUACUGAGUCAAGGUUCGGGUCAGUUGCCUUCACAGCCAGUUUCAAAUCCAAGGGGCAAUGUAAGUGCUAUCGUUCUCCGCAGUGGCAAGGAGUUAAGCAGCUCACCCUCUCCACAACCAGAAUUUGGGCAGCAACAAGAAAGCCAAAAGGAAGAUCAGCCUCCUCCCAUUCAAAAGGACAAGCAGCCCACCACCAUUGAUCAAGAUAGAGGAGAGACUUCUUACAACCAUCCACUGCCAUUUCCUCACCGAGCCACUCAAAAUAAAAAAAGCGCAAAAGCUGAGUUGGACAAAGAGAUCAUGGAAACUUUCAAAAAAGUUGAGGUGAACAUACCACUCUUGGAGGCCAUCAGACAGAUUCCCAAGUAUGCCAAGUUUCUCAAAGACUUGUGCACCCACAAAAGGAAACUGAAAGGAAAUGAAAAAAUCAACUUGGGAAGAAAUGUGUCAGCAUUGAUUCAACCUGCCAUGCCUCAGAAAUGCAAAGAUCCAGGGACUUUCACCAUUCCUUGCACUAUUGGAAAUUUGCAAUUUCAUAAUGCUAUGUUGGAUUUAGGAGCCUCUAUUAAUGUGAUGCCUAAAUCUGUGUAUUCUUCUUUGCAGGCAGGUGCAGGCACAUUGACAUCUACAGGAGUGAUGGUCCAGUUGGCAAAUAGAAGCACAUCAUACCCUGAGGGAGUAUUAGAGGAUGUAUUAGUAAAGGUAAAGGAUUUCAUAUUCCCUACUGACUUCUAUGUUUUGAAUAUGGAGGAUGAUCACACACCCGGACACGCACCACUUAUUCUAGGUAGACCCUUCUUGAAAACUGCAAGGACAAUAAUUAAUGUGCAUGAGGGUACUUUAUCUAUGGAGUUCACUGGUAACACCAUUCAAUUCAAUAUCAUUGAUGCCAUGAAGUAUCCCUUAGAAGAUCAUUCUGCCUUGCAUGUUAACUUUAUUGACUUAAUGGUGGAGAAAGCAUGUGUUGAGUUGUAUAAUCUUGAGUCUGAAUUCCCCACCAUCCAUAAUUUUCUUGAUGAUAUGCAUUGCCCUCAAUGUCAUGACGGACUCAGUAAGUGUAGUGUUUGUUCUGAAAUAGAUGAGUUUUUGAGUAUUGUUGAGAGUGCACCUUCUCAUACUAUAUCCGAUUCUCAUGUGCCUCCCAUAGAGGAAGUUUCUGUUGUUGAGAAUGUAGUGCAGGUAGGUGGCAACAUAAACAGACUGGUGCCUUCAAUUCAACAGCCACCCACCUUGGAGUGUAAGCCCCUGCCCGAGAAUCUGAAGUACACCUACUUGGCGGAUGGAGACAAGCUACUCGUGAUCAUCGCCGACAACCUUCAGCCUGACCAAGAGGAGAAGUUGCUGAAUCUGUUGAAGCAACAUAAGAGAGCCAUAGGUUGGUCACUUGCAGACAUUCCCGGUAUAUCCCCUUCCUUAUGCAUGCACAGGAUUCAUUUAGAGGAAGGAGCUCGACCAGCGAGACAGCCCCAAAGGAGACUCAAUCCCACCAUUCUAGAUGUGGUCAAGAAAGAGGUAAGUAAACUACUUUCGGCUUGCAUUAUUUAUCCUAUCUCUGAUAGCAAGUGGGUGAGUCCAGUGCAGGUAGUUCCGAAGAAGACAGGAUUCACAGUGGUAGCCAAUGAGAGGAAUGAGCUAGUGCCCAUGCGAGUGCAGAACAGCUGA